AUGAAGCGCAUCGCUCAGCAGCACCGCAACGCGUCGACUGCCGCCCUACACCGCACCGGCGGCACUCGCUGUGUCGUCCCCGCCCGGCUCUCGGCGACGCACCCGAAGCUCUCGCCCUCCACCAGCACGCUCCUCAAGCCCUCUUCGACGUCGUCGACACCUCUCCCCCACCUCGCUCGUCGGCAUGCCUCGACCCUCACCUCGACCUCGCCUCCCGGGUCGGCGUCUGCUCCCAGCACCCGCAAGCCGCUGUUCGACAAGAUUUUGGUCGCCAACCGCGGCGAGAUCGCGUGCCGCGUCUUCAGGACGGCGCGCAAGCUCGGCAUCAAGACGGUCGCCGUCUACAGCGAUGCCGACCGGGACUCGAUGCACGUCAAGCUCGCCGACGAGGCGUACAACAUUGGCCCUGCGCCAUCGAGCGAGUCGUACCUGUGCAUGGACAAGUACAUCGAGAUCUGCCGCAAGAGCGGCGCGCAGGCCAUCCACCCGGGUUACGGCUUCCUGUCCGAGAACGCCGAGUUCUCCAAGCUGCUCAAGGACAACAACAUCACGUUCAUCGGGCCGCCGGAAAAGGCCAUCAGGGCGAUGGGCUCAAAGGCCGAGUCGAAGGACAUCAUGCUCGCCGCCGGCGUCCCCUGCGUCCCCGGCUGGCACCCCUCGCAAGUUGAUCCGUCCUCGACGCCCGCCGGGUCGCACCAAGACCCCGACUUUCUCCUCGCGCGCGCCGACGAGAUCGGGUACCCGGUCCUCAUCAAGGCCGUGUCGGGCGGCGGCGGCAAGGGCAUGAAGAUUGUUGACAAGCGCGACGACUUUAUGGGCCAGCUCGAGAGCGCAAAGAGGGAGGCGCGAAAGAGCUUUGGCGACGACGAGGUGUUGCUCGAGCGGUACAUCACGCGGCCACGUCACGUCGAGGUCCAGAUCUUCUCCGACUCGCACGGCAACCACCUGUCGCUCUUUGAGCGCGACUGCUCGGUCCAGCGCCGGCACCAGAAGAUCAUCGAGGAGGCGCCGGCGCCUGGCCUGCCGCAAGACCUGCGCGAGCGGCUGUACGAGGAGGCGAGGAAAGCGGCCAAGGCGGUCGGCUACCGGGGUGCGGGCACGGUCGAGUUCAUCUUGAACGCCGACAACAUCCAGGAGUUCUUCUUCUGCGAGAUGAACGUCCGCCUGCAGGUCGAGCACCCGGUCACCGAGAUGGUCACGGGCGUCGACCUCGUCGAGUGGCAGCUCGAGGUCGCGGCGGGCAACCCGAUCCCGCUGUCGCAGAGCGAGAUCACGUGCACGGGCCACGCGUUCGAGUGUCGCGUCUACGCCGAGAACCCUCGCAACGGCUUCCUCCCCGACACGGGCCUCCUCUUGCACCACCGCCCACCAGCUUCGUCCGAGACGGUGCGCAUGGAGACGGGCUUCGAAUCGGGCGACGAGAUCAGCGUCCACUACGACCCGCUCCUUUCCAAGCUCAUCGUGUGGGGCACGGACCGCGCCGCCGCGCUCCGUUCCUUGCGCAAGGCGCUCAACGAGUACCAGGUCGUCGGGCCCGCGACCAACCUCGAGUUCCUCGGACGGCUCGCGGCCAACGAGGCGUUUGGGAAGGCCGAGGUCGACACGGCGUUCAUCCCUCGUCACUACGACUCGCUCUUCCCGCCUCUUCCGCCCGCAUCCGCAUCGACCCUCGGCGCCUCGGCCCUCUUCCUUGCCGAGCGCGAGCGCGCCCACUUUGCCGGCCUCGGCCACCAGUCGGCCUGGACCGACUCGAAGCUCGCCGGGUUCCGCGCCGGCAUCGGCUCGCAGGGCGAGGGCCGGUACUGGCGCGAGUACCAGCUCGCCGGCGUCAAGGGCAAGGGCGAGGCCGAGGGCAACGACGUCCUCACGACGGCCAAGGUUGGGCCGAGCCUGCAGCAGGACGGCUCUGCACUCGAGGGCGCCCUCGACGUCGAGCUCACCCCGACCGCCGGCUCGUCCGCCGCCGCCGACGACGCCGUCCUCUUCUCGAACGUCUCGCCCGAGCUCUCGCCCAGCUCUUCCACCGCGCCCAACGCGACGACCCUCCUCGCCCACCUCUCUUCGACCCUCUCUCGCGUCGACAUCGUCUCGGCGCCUCCUCCAGCCGUCGCGUCGACGCCGGGCGACGUCCAGGGCGAGACGCUCCACCUGUUCAACGGCGCCGAGGCGUUCGCGGGCGCGGUCAAGGUCGUGCCGCCGAGCUGGAUGAGCAAGGUCGGAGCGGCGGCAGCGGGCGGCGCGGCGGCGAAAGGUGGCGCGAGGGCACCCAUGCCGUCCAAGAUUGUGCAGGUGUUUGUCAAGCAGGGCGAGCACGUCGAGGAGGGUGCACCGCUCGUCGCGGUCGAGGCGAUGAAGACUGAGCACGUCCUGCGCGCACCCAAGGCGGGCGUCGUCGCCAAGGUCGUCGUCAAGGAGGGCGACCUCGUCCCCGAGGGCAAGGUGCUCGUCACGUUCGAGGAGGAGGCGGCCGCCGAGGCCGAGGCGGACAAGUAGAUGCGCACGAGCAGGCGUGCUCAAGGAUACCCCACUCUCUGUGCAAGUCGAGAUGUUCUCUCCCUU